GUAUCUCUUACCUUCAGCCUGGCUGAAGUUAUCUUUGAAUUCCUUCAGUACAGAUUUCAUGUGCAGGCAUAGUGUUUGUUUCAAGUCACAGGAGCUUUUUUCAUCAUGUUGAGGAAGAGCUCAGAGCGGCUGAAGGGAGACAGAGAGGUCCUCCUGGAUCUGGAUACUAGGGCUGAAGCACAAAGCACAGAGAGCUAUGGGAGUCUGCAGAAUGGGAGCUUUAUCCCUCCACGAUAUUUUUCAGCUGCAGCUGCUGAUGGAGAUAUGGAUGGCGAUGAUCCCAUUUAUAUGCAGUCUACUACAAGAAGUAAGCAACCAGUGCCACAGUUGGGGAAUUACUUCAGAGACGGGAGAACUAAGAUUGACUUCGUGCUGGUGUGGGAGAUUCGUUCGCGGAGGAAGCGGCGAGAGAAAGGGACAAAUAUGGCUACCAGUGAGGAGGGGGAAGCCGUUCCCACUGAAGAGAGCAGCAGGUCUGAACGAAGGAAAGCACAACUGGCUCAGUGGAGAGAGAAGUUUGUUCAGAACCUGGAGAGUGUUGGCUUGGUCAUGGAAAAGGAGGAAACUGCAAAUGAAAAGAAGACCAUACACUUUCUCAAAAUUAGCGCCCCCUGGGAUGUGUUAGUGUGUUAUGCUGAGGAGCUUUGCCUUAGAGCUCCACUGCAAGCACAGCAGCAUCUAGACCUCAACACAUCUGCUCGGGUACUGAGUAAACUAUGCAUACCUAAUGUAAUGACGGAGUCAGUGCCAAACAGGCCUCUGGACUAUUACACAUGUGCCUUUCGCAAGUCAAAGAUGAGCAGAUUCCUUGGCUGGGAAGAUCAGGAUACAUAUUUCACAAACACGCAGAGGCACCGUGUUGUCUAUGAGAUUCUUGCCAGGACAGCAUAUGGCAAAAGGAAGAAGGCUGAAGUCGGAGUGGACAGACUGUUAAAUGAAGGGGCGUACACAGCAGCUUUCCCGCUGCAUGAGGGUCCCUUUCAGCUUCCAAAGCACGAGGUCAAACCUGACGAGCUGAACCAGAGGCAGGUUCUCUACUACUACUGGGCCCGCUGGUGCAAAUGGUACAAGUAUCAACCACUGGACCAUAUCAGGGAGUACUUUGGAGAGAAGAUUGCACUCUACUUUGCCUGGCUGGGUUUCUACACAGCCUGGCUGCUGCCGGCAGCAGUGGUCGGGACUCUGGUCUUUGUGUCUGGAGUGAUGUCCAUGGGUACCAACACACCAGCGGAGGAAAUCUGUAACAGUGGAGCUAGCUAUACCAUGUGUCCACUCUGCAAAACAUGUAAGGCCUGGAACAUGUCUGAGAUCUGCACCUUGACGAAGCUGGGAUACUUAUUUGACCAUCCAGGUACAGUGUUUUUCAGUGUGUUCAUGUCAUUCUGGGCUGUAACCUUUCUGGAGUACUGGAAGAGAAAAAUGGCCACUCUGGCACAUCACUGGGACUGUAUGGACUUCCAUGAAGAGGAGGAGCGUCCCCGGCCGGAGUUUGCAGCCAUGGCCCCUACUAUGGAGCAAAAUCCAGUGACUGGGGUCAAAGAGCCAUACUUUCCUGAAAAAACCAGGCUGUCUCGCAUGUUCACUGGCUCCAUGGUUAUCAUAAUGAUGCUGUGUGUGGUGAUGAUCUUCCUGGUGACGGUGGUCGUGUGCCGUGGUAUCAUCAGUGUGGUGAUAUUUCAUUCUGGGAGCCCUGUGCUGCGGACAGAGGCAGGGACCAUAGCCAACAUCUCCAGCAGUAUUGUAAAUCUGGGGCUCAUACUGCUGAUGGGCCAGGUCUACACUGCAUUAGCUGAGCAGCUCACUAAAUGGGAGAUGCACAGAACACAAACCCAGUAUGACAACGCUUUCAUCUUCAAGGUCUUCAUCUUCCAGUUUGUCAACUUCUACUCGUCUCCCUUUUAUGUGGCUUUCUUUAAAGGAAGGUUUGUGGGUUACCCUACCAACUAUGGGACCUUGUUCGGGAUGAGAAAUGAAGACUGUGGUGCCGGGGGUUGCCUCAUUGAAUUGGCUCAACAACUUUUCAUCAUAAUGGUGGGAAAACAGCUCAUCAACAACGUUCAGGAGUUCAUCCUACCUAAAGUGAAGGCCUGGCGCCAAAAGAGAACUCUGGCCAAAGUGCUGGGUGGCAAGGCAUCCCAUGAGCCUCGGCGCUGGGAAGAAGAUUACAAGCUGGUUGAGUGUGAGGGCCUGUUCGAAGAGUACCUGGAGAUGGUGCUCCAGUUUGGGUUCAUUACUAUCUUUGUGGCGGCGUUCCCCCUUGCUCCGCUCUUCGCCCUCCUCAACAACUGGGUGGAGAUUCGUCUGGAUGCCCACAAGUUCGUGUGCGAGUACCGCCGGCCGGUGGCUGAACGCGCACAAAACAUCGGAGUGUGGUUUAACAUACUGGAAGCUUUGUCACACCUGUCUGUCAUUGCCAAUGCUUUCCUAAUAGCGUUCACUUCAGAUUUUUUACCUCGCCUGCUGUAUCAAUACAAAUUUGACAAUGAUCUCAACGGAUACGUCAACUUCACCCUGGCUUACGCCCCCCUCAACUACACAGAGUAUCCUAUGUGCAGAUACAAAGCAUUCAGAGACAACAAUGGAAACUACACACUGUUUUACUGGGAGCUCCUUGCAGUCAGACUUGGCUUUAUCAUUGCAUUUGAGCACGUGGUGUUCUUCGUGCUGCGAGCCAUUGACUGGAUUGUACCCGAUGUUCCCGAGUCACUGGAGCUGAAGAUGAAGAGGGAGCGCUACCUGGCUAAGCAAGCUCUGGCUGAAAACCAGGAGGCCCUGUUGGUGAGUCGAGCCCGAGCGGCCGCCGCUGCCACUCCAGGCACCUCCAGCCCAGGAAGUGACACGUCCCUUGGAAACAUGAGUUAGGAUUCCUCUGUGGAAAAGAAGCAGUGGGACUGAACGCUGGUGGAAUAUGAGACUUUCCUUUGUAUCUCGGAUAAGUGAAAUUUUCCCAAGAAAGUGGAAUACUGUCUUGGGAUUGGUUUUCAUAUCACUAAUACAUAUUCAUCUGCACAGAUACGUGAUAAGCAGGUGUACUUCAGCCUGCCCACCUUCUUCAUAUGGACAUUUCUCCAACAUAUUUGGGAUUUUUUUCAAUCUCAUGGUUAUUGCAACACUAUCAGAGUCUGAUGUUUCUUUACUGGAGCAAAGGGCAUGAAUUUAUAAAGCAUAAAUCUAUGUAUUGAUAAAUAAUUAAGCAACUUAUGUGGGGAAAAUUAGUAUUUUGAUUGGCUUCCACUAGCUGCAGCAUGCAAUGUUAAUGCUACCUGAUGCCAUGCAGGUGUGGGACUUACUUGCAGUAGUGUGUGUGUGUCCCAUGCAGCCUCAGAUUGACUUCAAAGUCUGACAACAUGAACUAUUUAAAUGAUGCCAAAUGUUGUAUUGACAGCGCAUAGUUUGAAAUUACAUAAAUUCCGAUUUGCAGUGUUUUUCUUGGAGUUAUUGUUGGGAUACCCAGAGGACCUGAAAUGUAAUGAAGUCGGAUUACACCUUGACUCUGCAAAAGCUCAUCCUGAAUAUUUUUGGGGGCUUUAUAAAACUCCUCUAAUGGGACAGAAGGCUUCAAACAAAGGAGUGCACAGGAUCAGUAGUGCCGCUCAUGGAAAGAAAGCAGACUUUUAUGUGUGCGCUCAGCAGACUGCCUCUUUAAUGUGUAUGGUUAUUAUCUGUAUGACGAAUGCUGACUUGAGGUCAAAGUUCACCUUUCUUGGACAAACUGCUACAACAAGAGCAACAGAGUCAACAGUGCUUUGGGUUUUUUUUGCCCCUCAUUUUCACAAAGCUGGCAUUGUUCACCGACUGUAUUAUCAUCACAUAGUUUGUGCUGCGUUUUCACUCAGCACUAAGCAUGACAGUUUUUUCUACGUGAAUGUCCUGCACAGUAUGACUGUACAGUACUGUAAACAGGAGUGAAACAGCACCUGAGCAGAGGCCAUAUUUUAUGUAUGAGCUGUUUUGUCAUUUUAGAUCAAAUAAAUCUAGUUUGGCGAACGUAAACGCCUCCUCGACGUGGGAUUCAGAGCCUCAGAGAUGCUGUACUUGCUGGAACUUAACAUUAAUCUUUCCACACUAUCUACCUUCUACACUUUCUUCUUCUCUUCAUUUCGCCCUCCUUCUAAAAACAUCACCUUCCUCCCAAAAAGCAGCAGCAGAUUAAAAAAGUCUCUGAUUUAUUGGGAGUCAGAAACAGACAGGUGUUUCGUUAAUGAUUUCCCUCUUCCUCUCCCUCCUCCCCUCACAAGAACUCCACCAAUGGCAGUGGCCUUGGGCAACUCCUGACUUUUACUUCAUCUCAUCUCCUCUUCCACCUCAGUCUUUUUUUUCCACGUUAUUUCAUUCCUGAAGUCACUUUUUUUGUAAUGCAUACUCUCUUCUUCCUCCUCUUCUCUCUCUUGGCCACAUUCAUCCUUUAGAUUGUUGUGAUUGCUGUGCGUUCCUCUGCCAUGGCCUGCAGGAAGAGUGAGUUAGUACAUGUCAGCGAGCACAGGUAUGCGCUGCGGACACCGGCUGGCUCAUUUACCGGCUGCUGGAGUGAAGUGGGGGAAUGCUUGCAUGCGAGCAAGACAUGGCAACGAGGCAUAUGAUGAGGACUCAGCUGAAUAAUUUUUAAAAAAGCCCUCUAAACUUGCCUGAUAGUCAACGCAUUAGCAUUUCAGUUGCAAAUGCACAUACUGAGAAAUACA